GUAAUACGCAGAGCAGAUGAUGAUUUCUCUGAAGAUCCAGAAAUGCCCAUGGGUCGUCCCUUCUCUCCAGCUGACUGUUUGGCCGAAGUGGACCAGAGGGUGUGCAGUGGCGAGCGCCAUGUGGACUGGUACUAUGACAGCAAAUUAGGAAACUGUCAAGCCUUUAACAAUGGUGGUUGUGAAGACAGCCGCAAUAGGUUUGAGACCUAUGAAGAGUGCAAGGCCUCUUGCCAGAGAGAAGGGAUGGGCAUAUGCUCCCUGCCUGCAGUCCAAGGUCCCUGUAAAUCUUGGGAGGCACGCUGGGCCUGGAGUACUAUUAUGAAGGAGUGUAAGGCCUUUGUCUAUGGUGGAUGUCACGGAAAUGCCAACAACUUUCAAACUAAGAAAGAGUGUGAAGCAAACUGUCCUCAACGGAAAAAGAAACCUUGUAAGACUUGUCGGGUUAAAGGGAAAAUGGUGCCCAGUUUGUGUCGAAGUGACUUUGCCAUAGUGGGACAUCUCACAGAGUUGGUGGAGGAUCUAGACUCUGGAUUGGCACGAUUUAGUUUGGAAGAAGUUCUGAGAGACGAAAAAAUGGGUUUAACUUUCUUUAAUACGAAGCAUCUUGAAGUAACUAUUGCAAAGAUAGACUGGAGCUGUCCCUGUCCCAACAUUACAAUGGAGGAAAACCCCUUGUUGGUCAUGGGUGUUGUGCAGGAUGGCAUGGCAAUCAUCCAGUCGGACAGUUAUGUUAAAUCAAUAACUGAGCGCAGACUCAAGAGGCUGCGAGAGGUACUGGGCAAAAAGGGCUGUUAAGAGGAUC